AUGGGGGAUGCAUUGGGAAAACUUUGUUCGCCGUCGAGCGUUCAGGCAGUGGGUUCUGUUCUCGACCGAGUCAUUUCACAGCCCAGUAGCGAAGAUCAUACUGUUCUUUAUAAACUGGCAGAUUAUAAAAAAGGUGGAUUACUUCUGGAAUCCUACACAAAAGGUGGCAUGGCAGCAGCAGAGAGAUUAAUACGUGAGGAAUUUUCAGCUUACAUGUAUGCAGGUGGUCGUGGUAGAGUCAUCAAUAGAGCCGAAUAUUUGCGAUGGAAAUUUAGAGAUCAAGAACAGGUAGUGCUUCCGAUAGAAGCGUCGCUAUCUCCACAUGAUCCACUUGCAAAGUGGGAAGACCACACCGCGUGCUGGCAAAUGAGUUAUCGUGGUGCGCUCGGGGAGUCUCUUUUACACGUACUCAUUAUUUGUGAUACAAAGAUACACACUCGUCUAGCAAGGACACUUGUGAAAUGCUUCCCAAAACUUUCCUUGGAUGUUGUAGAAGGUGAAGAAUAUUUAGGAGCAAGUUCUUUGCAUUUGGCCAUCGCAUACAGCAAUAAUGAAUUAGUCCAAGAUCUAGUAGAAGCCGGUGCAGAUGUCAGUCAGAAAGCUAUUGGGAGUUUUUUUCUUCCAAGGGACCAACAAAGAGUGCCUCCUGCUCGACAGACCAAUUAUGAAGGCCUUGCGUAUUUGGGAGAGUAUCCUCUAGCGUGGGCAGCUUGUUGCUCAAAUGAAGCUGUCUAUAAUUUACUUGUAGAUUCUGGAGCAGAUCCUGAUGCUCAAGAUUCGUUUGGAAACAUGAUACUCCACAUGGUUGUAGUAUGUGAUAAAUUGGACAUGUUCGGCUAUGCUCUACGCCAUCCAAGAUUGCCAGCAAGUAACGGUCGGCAAAAUAAAGCCGGCUUUACGCCUUUGACAUUGGCUUGCCAAUUGGGCAGAGCUUCUGUAUUUAGAGAAAUGUUAGAGCUAUCCUCUAGAGAGUUCUGGAGAUAUUCUAACAUCACGUGCUCUGCGUAUCCCCUAAAUGCUUUGGAUACUUUGUUACCUGAUGGUAGAACUAAUUGGAAUUCAGCGCUCUUUAUUAUAUUGAACGGGACGAAACAAGAACAUUUAAAUAUGUUGGAUGGAGGCAUAAUUCAAAGAUUGUUAGAAGAAAAAUGGAAGACGUUUGCAAGGACGAAGUUUCUUAAGCGUCUCCUCAUUUUAAUGCUGCAUCUUUUACUACUAUCUGUGUCGGUAUACCUUCGACAUAGUAGUCUAGAAGCGGAUGCUCAUCCCAACUGGGGUCUUGAAGCAGACGACGCAAGAAGUGGCAUACGACUAUCGACAGAGUUGGGCACUAUUAUAAGCACACUGUGCUAUAUUAUCCUACAACAAGGUGAUGAAAUUAAAAACCAAGGACUAAUUGCUUAUUUUAAACAAUUGAUUCACGAACCAGCAAAAUUCAUAUUUCUGGCAUCAAACAUUCUUCUUUUAGCGUGUAUACCAGCACGCUUGAGUCUAAAGACUACGCUGGAGGAAGCGAUCCUCAUAUUUGUUCUUCCAGGGUCCUGGUUCUUGCUCAUGUUUUUCGCUGGUGCAGUGAAAUUGACUGGUCCAUUCGUGACAAUGAUAUACAGCAUGAUCACUGGCGACAUGUUUACUUUUGGAUUUCCUAAUGUUCAGUCAACAUUAUUUUCCAGUUAUCCCAGCACGUGGAUGGCUUUGUUCCAAAUUACUUUAGGAGAUUACAGCUACACAGAUUUGGGCCAGACAACGUAUCCAAAUCUGGCGAAAACCGUAUUCGCAUUAUUCAUGGUGUUUGUCCCCAUACUACUGCUGAACAUGUUGAUCGCCAUGAUGGGGAACACAUACGCGCAUGUUAUUGAGCAAUCCGAAAAGGAAUGGGUAAAGCAGUGGGCAAAAAUUGUAGUGUCAUUGGAGAGAUCAGUAUCACAGGAAGACGCCCACAGAUACCUUCAGGAGUACUCCAUCGGACUUGGUCCAUCGGAUGACCCUCGAUAUGAGCAACGUGGUGUAAUGGUUAUUAAGAGUAAAGCGAAAACUAGGGCUAAACAACGAAAAGGAGCGCUCGCUAAUUGGAAACGUGUUGGAAAAGUAACCAUAUCAGAGUUACGUAAAAGAGGAAUCAGUGGUGAAGAGUUGCGACGCCUCAUGUGGGGACGCGUAUCUAUUUCUACUCCCACUAAAGCUCCCUUACCCUGUGUACCGCCUCCCGAGUUAAUAGGCACAGCAGAUGGACCAGGCACAGGUGUCGGUCCUGCACUUUCUUCCGCUCUUAAUGUAAUGGCCUUUACACAUGAUCUUGAUCUCACAAAAUCUUCAAAUACUCAAAAACAGCCAACACCAGAUUUACUCGUGAAUGGACAAACUCCAAAAACGCUACAAUCAUCACUGAACCAAACGACAAUAAGCCAAGCGGCUUCACCACAUCUCCUUCCUGUGACACCUACUCAACAAUUAACAAAAUCAGGCUUAGAAGUACAAAUGCCUUCAAAGGUGACAGGGCCUGGGCAGACGUCCGGUGAUGUAUUUUGCCCAACACCGAAAGAAAUGGAUAUUCUAGGAAUCAGUCUUCCAUCCCAAGAUACUCAGAGGACCCAAAUUGCAAAAACUACUGAUACCAUAAAUGAAAAGGUAUAUAGGGAUUAUCUACACGAGUUAAUGAGGAUAGAACAAACUCUAGGUCCUAAUAAUCCGGAAGUGAAAAAAUUAGCAGAACAAGCAGCAGACCUGAGUGAUGUGCCAGAAAUUGACAUUAAUAUGUCUACGACAGCUAAAUCAGCUCGUCUAGUGGUGGCGGGCGCGGUGUCCGGUUUGUUCGGGGUCGCGGCAGACGCACCACCGCCGGACUCGUGGCGCAGAGAGCGACAAGAACACACUGACAGUGAUCCUGUAUCAGACACUGUGGUAUUGGGUCGAGCAGCGCGCGCUCGUCGGGCACGUUCGGCCUCUCGGCGCGCGCAACCUCCAUCACCACAUCUAUACGUUCCUGCUAGAUCUAUGUAUUUGGUGGCGUCAGAGAGUAGUGCAGUUGAAAGCGACGUACCGUUGGAGGAUCAGCUCAGUUCAGGAAACAACUCUGCAAUUGGCGGCAGGUUAGAUGAAAGAAUGCGAGCUGCCAGGCCGUUAUGUAUACAACAUGCGACAGGGCAAGCACAAGUAGAGCACUCUUUGUUCCUUGUUGAAGGUCCUGGAAGUGGCGGAGAAGUAGAAAGUGCUCCAAUACCUCAAAAAUCAAUAUUAAAAAAGACAAGACCAAAAACUGCAAGACCUCGUCGUAAUAGGGUUUCGCCAAUUCAAGAGACUGGUAGUCCUUUGGAGCCUUGGGCUACUGCAUCUCUGUCCCGUCUUUCGCGAUUGAUAAGAUCGUUCAGCGGCUCGUCACUCGCCUCGCACGAAUCCGAAGAGAAUUCACCACAAAAAUAU